AUGCCGCCGAAGGCCGAUCCAAAGAAGAAGACCGUGGAUCCACGGAGCAAAUCUGCUGACAGUCGAUGGAAUGCAGUCGGCAAAAAUCUUUCAAAUGCUGUAUCAAAAAGUUUUCCAACUAUAAAUAGAAAGGGUGCAGUAAACGGGUCCGUCACGAAAAGCAAUGCGGCUUCCACCGUGACUACAGUAACCACCACUGAGAAGAAAAAACGAAGAAGGAAGAAGAAGCCUGAAGAGCAACAAUUUGUCCCUCCUGAGCCACCAAAGCCAAAAAUUGUCAUCACAAAAGAGGAUAAACGUAACAAAACCCUCUGGAGGCAUAUGAUUUGGCUAAUUGUUCUCUUCGCAUACUCGCUUCUCGGUGGUCUCAUCUUCAGUGCCAUUGAAGGCGGCAAUGAUCGUUCAUACCUUGUCGUGGAAUACGAAAAGAAUAUGGAUAUGUUCAAAAGACGACGUUUCUAUCAAGAGCAAUUAUUCAGAAGUGAAACAUAUUGGGAGUUACGGUAUAAGACGAGGCGCGUUCGUGCAGCAGUUGGUGUGUUGGUGCAUUUGCUUUGGUACUUCCUUUGA